AACCUGUGGAUGAGUCAUUCUCCGUGGGUGAGUUUAUAAAUCUGGAAUGGUGUAGAAAGAAGUUUCCAACGUGUACAACAAACCAACAGGAUUUGGAAAAGUACAUUAUAAACACCAAUGGAAGCGUACGAUGUUAUAGUUAACCAGCCCGUUGUCAUUGAUAACGGUUCUGGAGUAAUCAAAGCAGGGUUUGCCGGAGAUCAGGUCCCAAAAUGUCACUUUCCAAAUUAUAUUGGAAGGCCCAAACAUGUACGAGUGAUGGCAGGAGCACUAGAAGGGGAUAUUUUUGUUGGACCCAAAGCAGAGGAGCACAGAGGGCUUCUAAGCAUUCGAUAUCCCAUGGAACAUGGAAUUGUAACUGAUUGGAAUGACAUGGAGAGGAUAUGGCAGUAUAUUUAUUCUAAAGAACAACUUCAGACAUAUCCGGAAGAGCAUCCAGUACUUCUCACAGAAGCGCCUCUCAACCCCCAAAGGAAUAGGGAAAAAUCAGCGGAAAUAUUUUUUGAAACCUUCAAUGUACCCGCGUUGUUUAUCUCUAUGCAGGCAGUCUUAAGUUUGUACGCUACUGGUCGCACAACUGGUGUAGUAUUAGAUGCUGGAGAUGGUGUUACACAUGCUGUUCCGAUUUACGAAGGCUUUGCUAUGCCUAAUAGCAUCCAACGUGUAGACAUCGCGGGUCGAGAUGUUACUCGAUACUUGCGUCUUUUGUUGAGAAAGGAAGGCUUUGAUUUUCACACCACAGCAGAGUUUGAAAUUGUGAAAUCUGUGAAAGAGAAAGCUUGCUACCUUGCCAGUAACCCACAGCGAGAAGAAACCAUGGAAACUGAGAAAGCACAGUACACUUUACCAGAUGGAAGUGUUUUAGAAAUAGGGCCAGCUAGAUUUAGAGCACCAGAAAUACUUUUUCGACCAGAUAUCAUUGGAGAGGAAUUCGAAGGUCUGCACGAAGUUUUGGGAAAUUCUAUACACAAGUCGGACAUGGAUCUGCGUAAAGUCUUGUAUCAGAAUAUUGUUCUCUCGGGAGGUUCUACCUUGUUCAGAGGGUUUGGUGAUAGACUAUUGAGUGAAGUGAAGAAAAUAGCUCCAAAGGAUAUUAAAAUACGGAUAUCUGCACCACAAGAACGUUUGUAUUCUACAUGGAUAGGUGGUUCUAUUCUGGCAUCUUUGGACACAUUCAAGAAGAUGUGGGUGUCUAAACGAGAGUACGACGAAGAGGGAAAUAGAGCAAUUCAUCGUAAAACUUUUUGACGGAACAAAAACGACUGAAGAGAACGCUGUUUUGUUUUUGUUCAAAGAAACUUCUCAGAUCUUGAAUGUGAAAGCCUACUGUUUUGGUUUUUAUUGGUGGCAUACUUUUAAGCUUCAGGUGACUGAUAAUAUCUCUCAGUUUUCCUAGACUACUUUAUUUGUACCUAUAUCUUUAAAGUUACAAACACAGAGACAAGUGUGUAUAAUUGAGCUAUUGUAAUUCACCGUAUAUGGUAACAAAACCAAAGGGGUUGUAGAACAAAUAUUUUCACUUUCAAAAUCAGCCUUCUUUGUCAGUGCUUUUAAAUAAAAUUUAAUUCUUACAAUACACUUUUAAUUAUUAAUAUCUUCGCAGUUUUUCACAUAAUUAUCUUAAUUUUUAAAAAUGCGUUUAUGUCAUAAAAUUCUCGGCACAGUUGCAUGGAAAUUUGAUUUUGUAGAUCUCAAAAACUUUGUAUUAAAGUUCUGUUUACAGAACAAAAAUGCUUGUUUAACCUUUUCACGAAUAUGACUAAUUUAUACUGAAACUUGUGUUUUCUAUUAUAUAAUUAGGUCUGUGUUGUUUUCCUUAAAGACCAAAAAUUCUUUAAUUUUAACUAGUCAUUCCAUUCAAGACAUUGGUCAAAUUUAAUAUAACCUCAAUACUGGUACUCCCAUUUUCUUCGUAAUAUUGUUUUACAGUACAAUAUUUUUAUCGGUUUUACAGACAAAAAAUCACAGCUGUCUCGUUUCUUUUAAAGUUUUCAACAAGACACAAUCAGGUAAUUUUUCUUUCUUACACAAUACGAACUUACACUGUGAUUCUUAGAAAUAAGGAUUGUCUUUACUAUCUACUAGAAAAUUACUGUAUCAAUAAACUAAUAGAUAUGGGUAACAACUAA